CCAAAGGACUCAUCCGACCAUCCACUUCGCCGUACGGUGCCCCAGUACUCUUCACACCGAAACCGGACGGAAGCCUGCGCAUGUGCAUCGACUACCGAGCUCUUAACAAGCAGACCAUCAAGAAUAAAUAUCCGAUACCGCGAAUCGAUGACCUGCUUGACCAGCUUCGGGGAGCUACGGUAUUUUCCAAACUGGAUCUGCGGUCCGGAUACUGGCAGAUACGGAUGGCGGACAACUCUAUCCACAAAACUGCUUUCCGAACUCGGUACGGAUCGUACGAGUAUUUGGUCAUGCCGUUCGGACUCACCAACGCGCGGCAACGUUCCAAGCCGAAAUGAACCACAUUCUACGACCACUUCUGGACGAAUGCGUGGUGGUGUACCUGGACGACAUACUCAUCUACUCGCGCGACAUGAAGCAGCACGUCGAACACCUGCGACGCGUCUUCGAAAUUCUUCGACGAAACGAUUCUACGUCAAACUGUCCAAGAGCGAAUUCGCCCUGGAAAAGGUCCAAUUUCUAGGACACAUGGUGAGCGCUCAAGGAGUUCACGUCGACCCCAAGAAAAUCGAAGCCGUACGUACGUGGAAGACACCCGAGAACGUGAAGGAGUUGCAGCAGUUCCUAGGCUUCGCUAAUUACUACAACAGGUUCGUGCCACAGUAUGCGAAACUCGCGGCACCACUCACGAAUCUGCUGAAGAAGAACACGCCCUACAAAUGGGAGACGAAGCACCAGGAAGCCGUGGAGCAGCUGAAACAAGCACUAACGUCCGCACCGGUGCUCAUCUUGCCAGAUCCCGAACGUGACUACGUCAUGAAGCAGACGCCAGUGAUCAGGCGUGGGAGCAGUCUUGAUGCAAGACCAGGGAAUGGACUGCAACCAAUUGCCUACCUCAGCAAGAAACUGCACGGGGCAGAACUCAACUACCCGAUACACGACAAAGAGGCUCUUGCUAUCAUCAUCGCCUUCAAAGCGUGGAGAUGCUAUCUCGAAGGACGAAGAACAACCGUCUACACCGACCACUGCAGCCUGAAAUAUUUGAAGACACAACCCAACCUUUCCAGGCGGCAGGUCCGGUGGAUCGACUUCCUCGAGACACACUUCCACUACGACAUCGUGUACAAGCCCGGCCACAAGAACAAAGCAGACGCUCUCAGCCGGCCUGCACACGUUGCCGCGAUUCAGGUCGAAGGGAUGAAUCCACUACUCAAGGGACUCUUCACACACGGGUACGCCAUCGACCCCGAAAUUCCCUUGGCAGAAAAGCGACAUCUGCUACAGUGGGACAGUGACAUCGCGUACCGGAAAGGAUCAACAAAAAUCUGGGUACCCAAUUACCCUCCUUUGCGCCAGUUACUACUCGAAGAAUACCACGACGUCCUCUACGCCGGACACUUCGGUAGCAACAAGACGCUCACCGGUAUCGCCAAACACUACUACUGGCCCCAUAUGGCAGACGACGUCCAGAAAUUCGUCACCUCGUGUGAUACAUGUCAGCGGAUGAAGAGCAGCAAGCAGAAAAAGGCGGGACUACUGCAGCCUCUUCCUGUCCCAGAACAACCAUGGCAAGUGGUUAGCCUGGACUUCAUCACCGGGUUACCACCUACCUCCAGCGGUCAUGACGCCAUCCUUGUCGUCAUUGACAAGUUCUCCAAAAUGGGACACUUCAUCCCGACACACACGACGGCACGCACCGAGGAGACAGCACAGCUCUUCGUUCGUCACAUCAUCUCACAGCAUGGCAUCCCAACUACACUCAUCUCCGACCGAGACCCCAAGUUCACUAGCAAGUUCUGGAAGGAACUUAUGUCUCUGCUCGGCACCAAACUCGCCAUGUCAUCCGCAUACCAUCCGCAGACAGACGGACAGACCGAGCGCCUCAACCAAAUUGUUGAGCAACUCCUCCGAGCAGCCUGCAAGGACGACAUCUCCAAAUGGGACUUGCACCUGCCCGUACUCGAGUUUGCUUACAACAAUGCUACACAUGCCGCUACUGGACAGACGCCGUUCUUCCUCUGCUACGGACGCCACCCACUCACACCACAAAAACCGACAGCAUCAGCUACAGUCCAACCGCACAUGAUUUCAUCACAACCAUGCAUCAACUUUGGGAUCGGACCCAUAAGCGCCUCCUUGACAUUCAACAGCAACAGAAGCGCCAGGCCGAUCGCCAUCGCAACGACCACACCAUCACGGUGGGAGACCAGGUGCUUCUUGACACCCGCAACCUGGACAUCAGCCAUCUCCCAUCUAAACUUCGACCUCGCUUCUGCGGGCCUUUUCUCGUUGAAGCACAGGUCACUCCUGUUACCUUCCGCUUACGCCUGCCAGCUACCUGGAAGAUUCACAACGCCUUCCAUGUCCAACUUCUGAAGCCCUAUCGGAUCCUAACACGAUC